AUGGUCGCCUCCCAGAUGUUCAUCGGCACUGCCGCCACCCUCAUCGCCUCCUCGACUGCCUUCGUCGCACCGAUGGCCGUGCGAUCUGUUGCCACUACUCCUUCCUCCUCGAGCCUCAAGAUGAGUGCUGGAUCGGACUACGUCGCGACCCUGCCCGGAGCUCCCUUCUCUGACGGAAAGAUCUUCGACCCCCUGGGCCUAUCUGACGGCGCCGCCCCCGGCGACAUCAAGAAGUGGCGCGAGGCCGAGAUCAAGCACGGGCGUGUGGCCAUGCUUGCUUCCCUCGGUGUCAUCGUCGCAGAGCAAUACCACCCGUUCUUCAUGGGCCCCGACUACAUUGGUCCCGCCGUGGACCACUUCCAGGAGAUCAGCGCACAAUUCCCUGAGUUCUGGGCGUUCUCCCUCCUGGGCAUGGCCUUCAUCGAGUACAACACCAUCAUGACCGCCUUCGACACCCCCAGCGCUGUCACCGGCGAGGGCGGCCUGAAGGAGGACUACAUCCCGGGAGACCUCGGCUUCGACCCCCUCAACCUCAAGCCCGACGACGAGGCGGCUCUGGACGUGAUGAAGACCAAGGAGCUCAACAACGGCCGUUUGGCCAUGAUUGGCAUCGCCGGCAUGUUGGCGCAGGAGCUGGUGAACCCGGCCGACAUCCUCGGCUAG